UAGAGCUUCAGUACCAAACACAGGAGACGAGGAGCUGCACGCUGAACGGAAUCACCGCGCGCGCGCACACACACACGCACACACGCGCGCGCACUCGUAUGCACACUCACAUACACACACUCUUGCACAUCAACAGAGAGAUUCACAAAAACGCGCGCGCGUGCACGCUGAGGGGUCUUCUGUUCCCAAACUUGACUCUGCGAAGAGAGAGAUAGAGAGAGAAAGAGUGCAGGCUUUGAUCUUCCUGCACGAGGAGGCUUUAGAGGAGUCUGCAAGGAAGUCAUCAUGUGAAAGACAUUGAUUUUUUUUGAAGCACGCGCACGAACGGGCUGGAUUACGAGAGAAAAACAGAGGGAAGUUGAAGGGUGAGAGCGGUAUGUCCGUGGAUGAGCAGCCUGAAGCCCCGAUGUACGUGUAUGAGUCGACGGUGCACUGCACGAACAUCCUGCUCGGCCUGAACGAGCAGCGGCAGCAGGGCCUGCUGUGUGAUGUCACCGUGCAGGUGGAGGGCAAAGAGUUCCGAGCCCACCGGGCCGUCCUGGCCGCCUGCAGCGAGUACUUCCUCCAAGGCCUGGUCGCUCACGGAGACAAGGAGCUGGUCUUCACCAUGCCUGACGAGGUCACUGCCAGGGGCUUCGCUCCAUUGUUGCAGUUCGCUUACACGGCCAAGCUGCUGCUCAGCCGUGACAACAUCCAGGAAGUGAUCCGCUGUGCCGACUUCCUGCGCAUGCACAACCUGGAGGACUCCUGCUUCCGCUUCCUGGAGGCGCAGCUGCGGAAAGAGGAUGACGGUCCCCUGCUCUCCAACAAGAUGGAGCCCGAGCGCAACCACUCAGAGGACCAGGUCAUGCAGGCCGAGACACCAGUCGUCAGUGUGGCCUGGGACGAUUCGCCGCCAUCCUGCAACCGCCCAGACUUUCUGGACGGCAGAGCAGACGUAGGACGGCAAGGCACAUCAGACUUGCCACGCUGCCCCAAGUACCGAAAGUACCAGUGGGCCUGCAAGCACAACGACAGCAACGACAACGAGAGCUCCUCAAAUACCAGUAGUACCUCAGGUUUCCCAAGCACACUGCUGCCCAGGCCAGCCCUGGCGCAGAUCAAGCAGGAGCCACGCAGCGAGGAUGAGCCUGUCCUGUCAGGCAACGAGGGCGACGGCAGGGACAAGGAUGAAUCCGUGGCCGACAUGGAGCUGGACAGUGGCAAAUCACCCACUUGCCUGCGUGCCCUCUUCAAGCGGAGCUUUCCAGAUGCGCCUGAUGCUUCACGGCCGCUUCUGGCCGGCCAGCUAGCCUGCACCCAGAGCAAGGUGAGCACUCAGGGAGAGCACAAAAAGGACCACAGGCCGGCCUUUCCCAAAGACUCCAAAGAUGGCUUCUCCACAGGCCUGUCGCUGAGGUCGGCAUCCUGCGACGGUGUUUGCAAGCAGGAGACGGAGUUGGAUCGCCGCAGUGUCAUCUUCGCACCUGCCCAUUCCUAUCCAGGUGGUGGGAACUCGCCGCCAGACAAGGAGCUGCCGCCCGAUCACUUGUCUAAGGGCUUGUGGACCGGUGGCAGCCAGUCACUGCCCAGCUCGCAGGCUGCCUACACCACACCCUCGGCCGGUACCCAGGGCGAACCGACGCCAGCGCUCCUACUGUGCCGCCAGAGGCCUAACGCUAGCUGUCCUGUGCCCAUUAAGGUGUGCCCACGUUCGCCACCCUCGGAGACCCGCACACGCACCUCCAGCUCCUGCUCUUCCUACUCGUAUGCUGAAGAUGGAAGCGGUGGCUCGCCCUGCAGCCUGCCCCAGUUCGAAUUCUCCUCGUCGCCCUGCUCCAGCGUGAGCCGCUGCCUGCCUGCUGACCCACAGGAGUCCGGCACGGGUGCAGAUGCUCCACUCUUCGGUGCUGCAAGACCCAAGAUCAAGUGUGAACGGGCGUAUGGCACGAACUCCAGCGAUGAGUCUGGUUCGUUCUCAGAAGGAGACAGCGAGUCUUGUCAUGUACAGGAGCAAGGACCGGAAAUCAAGCUUCCAUUCCCUGUCGAUCAAAUCACGAAUCUUCCACGGAACGACUUCCAGAUGAUGGUGAAGAUGCACAAGCUGACCUCAGAGCAGCUGGAGUUCAUCCAUGAUGUGCGGCGGCGCAGCAAGAACCGCAUCGCCGCCCAGCGCUGCCGGAAGAGGAAGCUGGACUGCAUCCUCAACCUGGAGUGCGAGAUACGCAAGCUGGUGUGUGAGAAGGAGAAGCUGCUGACGGAGAGGAAUCAGCUGAAGGCGUGUAUGGGGGAGCUGUGGGAGAACUUCUCCUGCCUGUCCCAGGAGGUGUGUCGGGACGUCCAGCUGAGUCCAGAGCAGGUCCAGUCCCUCCACCACUACUGCCCCGUUGCCCGUCCCGGCAACCCCACCUCCUCCACCUCCCCCAGCAACCAGGCCCCUCCCACCGCCAGCAUCGACCUCACCACCCACUCGGGAGCGGCCACGCCCGAACCGGACGGCCGGUGGGGCACGGGUAACGGAGUGGAGCACACGGGCAACUGCGAGCGGGACGGGACGAAGGCCGGCGGCUCCUCCUCCUACCUGGAGGCGGGGCUUUCGCUGGAACAGUCAAAUCAGACGGUGACAGUAGACUUCUGCCAGGAAAUGACAGAUAAAUGUACCACUGACGAACAGCCGAGGAAGGACUGUACCUAAUGAUGGUGGUCUCUCCACUUUUGUCUGUUUGUUUUUAUAUUAUUUUUUAUUAUUUUCUUUUUGUUUGUUUGUUUUUUUUGUUUUUAAUUAUUUAAUUUAGAUACGUCUUCUGACAAACCCUCAGAAUUCGAGGGCUGUUGAGAUGGUCAGCCUCUGCCAGUGUUCUAUGAAUAUUUUUAUUUGUUUUUUUUAUAUAUAUAUUUAUGUCUUUUGUCGUCUUUUUUUACGGUUGACACUACAGUUGUCUUAACAGCAGCAAUACUGUUACUCCAGGUUCUCUCCAGCUCGCUCCUUGGCAGAGUGGCCGAAGCGUCUCCCAGAACUCUUUCGCGAUGGUGCUAAACCUUCCCCUCACUGACCUCUGCAGUGUAAACGCUGUCUUCUGUGUAUUACAGUCCACUCAAAGGGGAUGGGUUUCUGACCACAUCUCACAUUCAAACCUCCACGGACCUAGCAGCAGCUCUCUCUCUCUCUCUGUCUCUCUCUUUCAUUCUAUCUGUCUGUCUCUAUCUCUACCCUUUCACUCUUUCCCUUCUCUUAAUCUCUGCCUCUGCCUGUCCUAUCAAAAUCAGCAGUGUUAAAUUAAAGCAAUACACCAACAUUAUUCAACCCAAGAACAAUAAUAGUAAAAAAUAUAUGUUCUAUAAUUAUCUAAAUUAACACAUUAAUAAAUAAUGUGUGAAUGAAUCUUUAUCUUUAUCAUAUGUUUAAAAGACUUUACUGUACUUCUAGUAAAAUAACAUAACUCCUGCAUUGAAACACAUUUAUGUAAUAUGCAUAAAAAGAAAAAAAAAAAUUUACCAUCCCCAUUCUUACCCACUGAUGUUUACAUUUUAGACCACAAUGAUUCAGUUUAUGUAAAAUGAUCCAAUUUGUAUUUUACACCAGUGGCAUAUAGAUGUAAACACAACAAAGGAGAUUUUAACAAUUGAAACUAGCCUGAGCCCCAAAAAAAUAAACAGCUGAAAAUGAAAACCAGCAUCAGUAGAUAUGAUUUGUUUUAUGUUCUGUUGUUUUACUAAGUAUUGGGUGCUGCGUUAAAAUGACCUUCUACAUUAAUUGACCAAAUAAUCCAGAUGCAGAUUAAUCCAGAUUCAGAUUAUGUUGUAAAAAAAGAUGAGGUGUGCUUGUAACUGGUUUCACUGUGUAGUUCCAUAAAAAAGAUCCACUUAAAAUACACAGUGAUAAUUUAACACUGUCUGAUUUUUGCAGAUUAUCUCUCUCUCUCUCUCUCUCUUUCUCUCUCUUUUAUUCUUCUUUAUCUAUAUCUCUCUCUUUGUGGCCCUUGUCACAGCAAAUUCAAACUCAGGAAAUAUUCUGAAUGUUCGAUAUAUAGAAACUCAUGAAAAAAAUAAGGAUACAUGAAAGAUUCUUCUUUUUUUUUUUUUACAACAGCUAGACUGUAAAUGUUCAUAUGCAAAAAAAGUUAUGUCUUCUGUGUUACACAUUUGUAGUGUCUCCACAACACUUAAUUUGUACAGACGGUUGUAUCAACGACGACAACAAAAAAAAUACAUUCCUCUAUUGCCUUCUACAGCACUGAAACGAAAGAACGAACGACUCAGAAAAUCGAAGAGGAUCGGAAUUGUAGACUUUUGAGUUACCCCCUCCUGACCCCGCCCCCUUACCCCCCUCGCAUCAGCAAUACCCCUGCGUUCAGAUGUUUCUUUGUUUUUUGAUGGUUUUGUAUAAAGAGUGCUUGCCGGGCAGAAUGUGUGUGUGUAUAUAGUACAGAGCAUGGCGAGUGUAUCGGUAAUCUUGUACAGGUAGUGCGUUACUUGUGUUCCCUUUUCUCUGGGCUUGUUUUUGUUGCACCUUUUGUUUUUUUGUUGUUUUUUUUGCGAAGGGAAGAGAAUAGUUUGCUUUGCUGUUUCCUGUCUGAAGUGAAUUGCCAUGGCAGUGGGUGUCCUAAAAAAAACUCAGGAAACUAGCUUAUUACACACACAUAUACACAAACAUACAUGACAUACACUCUUUCACAUAUAAAAAACAAGCCCCUUUGCAUGCCAUUUGGACUUAAACGUGCUCCGGGCUCAUUGGUGCCCUUCAGAAAUGUGAAAAAGGCCCGCCUCCUCGCGUUAUUGGAGGGAAUUUUCUUCCUAGUCAGUAUUUAAAGACGUUAUGGUGUGUGUGCGCGUGUAAGUGAAUCAUUGUUUCAGUGUUAUGUUUUUAAAACAUCACAGAAAAAAAGACAAAAAGCUUGCCGCCUUUUUAAAUGGAGAAGAAGGUGGCAACUCAGGAAUAGGAAACGAUGAGCUCUGUUUAAGGACACUUCCUGACCCCAUGUUUGAUCCCGGCACUUAUUUUUUCCGGCCCUGAGGUCACUGAGGUCAACCAGGCCAGAGUGCAGCUCUUUUACAUAAGCAUUAGGGUUUUGUUUUUUUAUUUGAUUUAAUUCAAUAGAAUCUGAAGAAAAUAUUUCAGGGAUUUCUGAAAUUUCAGCUAUUAUUUGCAGAUUAGUGAAUUAAUAGUGAUUUUUUAUCUAUUUUUGGAUUAAAAAAAAUGCAUUGCAGUGUGAUUUUAAUGAAUAACACUGACCUCUGCUUUAAGCCACACCCCCUCUCAGAAAAUUACACUGAUGUAGCCCUUUACAAAUAUAGCUCUGGGAAAAAUUAAGAGACCACUUCAGUUUCUGAAUCAGUUUCUCUGAUGUUGCUAUUUAUAGGUUUAUGUUUGAUUAAAAUGAACAUUGUUGUUUUAUUCUAUAAACUACAGACAACAUUUCUCCCAAUAAAUUCCAAAUACAAAUGUUGUCAUUUAGAGCAUUUAUUUGCAGAAAAUGAGAAAUGGCUAAAAUAACUAAAAAAAGAAGCAGAGCUUUCAGACCUCAAAUAAUGCAAAGAAAACACAUUCAUAUUCAUAAAGUUUUAAGAGUUUAGAAAUCAAUAUUUGGUGGAAUAACAUUGGUUUUUAAUCACAGUUUUCCUGCAUCUUGGCAUGUUCUCCUCCACCAGUCUUACACACUGCUUUUGGAUAACUUUAUGACACUCCUGGUGCGAAGAUUCAAGCAGUUCAGUUUGGUUUGAUGGCUUGUGAUCAUCCAUCUUCCUCUUGAUUAUAUUCCAGAGGGUUUAAAUUAAGUAAAAUAGACAAACUCAUAAUUUUUAAGUGGUCUCUUAUUUUUUCCAGAGCUGUAUAUGAACAUGGCAUGAUGUUUUAGUAACAGAUUGGGCCCAGCAAUGCAACAGAUACAUGUUACCAUUACCAGUAACUGUUAACUACCAGUACAGGUUUUAACUUGAGCCUGUUUUAUUACUUGACAUAAUCUAUCAUGACAGCAUAUGAAAUCUGCCAUGUUAUGUGUUUAGCUCUUUUAAUCCGUUUCUUUUAAAUUGUAGAGUGGGUGUGGCUUAGAGCAGGGAUGAAUGCAUUGUUCUUGAAGUGGGUAUAUUAACUCACCACAACAGAUUACAGAGUAUAACUUAAUAACAUACAUAGCCAAUCAGAAGACAGGUGGUGUAUGUUUAGCCACUAGUGCAGUAUCUGGACAUUAUGCUGUAGCUUAAUGUAAAAAAACAAAAACAUUUUUUUAUUUAUUAUUGACUGUAAUUCCAGUGAUUUUUUUAUGAUCCUCUAGCAGACUCUGAGUGAAGUUUGGCACAUUUAAACAAUGUCUUGACCUGGUUGACCUACAGGACCUUAAGCUCUCUUUCUCUCUCACACCUCGGGCCACUCUGUGACCAUUUAGCACUUCUUGAAAAAAAAGGUCUGUUUCACUUUCAGGACCCUAAAAAGUCUGAAACUGAAGCACUUAAAAGUGGGCACUUAAAAGUGACCCCACCCAACAGAUAAUCUACCGUUCUAAUUCUGCUUUGCUGCAGUUACAUAACGGAGGCCAUGUCCCACCAACCAGUAGAACGAGAGAAAUUCCACUUUACGCAAUACGAGAGAGCACUCAGCCCACAUGUUUGAAUAUCUACCUAGUGUAAUAAGCUAAAUCAGAGCUCUGGUUAAACAAAUAAAGGAAUCAUCUUUAUCUUGAAUCAAUUUUAACUUAACUUUAAAUGGGUACUGAACAGUCAUGUAAUAUUGUUCUGUAUUUACCCUAAUUGUAUAUUUGUUAGAGACUUAUAUCCAUGAUAGGGUUGCAUGCUGCCUGUAUAUUUUAUAGAGUUUGUCUAUUUGUCCCAGGCGUUGCUCUGGAAAGUGUAGUCCUCAGAGACAGUUGCAGUCUUUCUUUUAUUAAUUGAGAAAAAAGUUGUUAAUUUUCCCUGCAAGAUUUUUCGAUUUCAGAUUUCAGACCCAAAGAUCUCCAAGCAGUUCUCAGUCCUACAGCUCAAAAGUAGUGAUGAUAAUUAGACACGCUGUGUUUGUUUCAUGAGCUCAGUAAAACACAGAUAAUAUCAAUUAGUUACUACAUUAUUUAAAAUUUAAUAACUUUGUACAAUAGGAUUUUACAUUUAACAGUUGCAUUCACCCUUUUACCUCUGCUUUGGUUGAGAUAUCUGAAUCUGAAUCCAUUUGGUAUUUGGAUUGCGGCCCUCACAGGUGUGUUUGUAUACAAGGGUGUGUGUGUGUGUGUGAGUCUUACAGUUACCCCAGGGUCGAUACCCUUUUCUCCCCUUCAUGCAUCACACUUCCAGUUACACACACAACACAAACAAACAUCACAACAUGACAGAAACACACAAACACACACACACACAUACAGACUCACAGUAAUACUGGACGCAGUGCUCUGUUGUAGGGAUUUAGAAGCUAGAUUCUUUGUGAUUGCUAGUUUUGUGCUCUUGUUUCGCGCGUAGACUUUUUCACUUUGCUCUCGCUCCCUUUUAUUCUCUCUCUUCCUAAUACACAAACAGUAUUUGCCAUUUCUUUUGAAAAAUUAUAAUCAGGUACAAAACGGGAACUAAAGAAUUUAUUGGUCCGGACGUACAGACGGCCGGACUGACUUUUUUUCUUGUGCACACAUAUGCAAAUCAUCCCUAUAAAUAAUGUUUUGUUGUUUUUUUUCUACGUACUACUUGUUGUAUAAGUGAUAAAGUAAAGGUGGAAAGCGUGACGUUCCACUAGAGAAGCACACUGUCAUACACUUGAGUAUCUAUGACAUUUCGGGGGGGGGGAGAAAAGAAAAUGGUCCCCCUCUAAAAAAAAAUGAAUAAAUCAAAGCUAUAAUGGUGGACAUUUAGUAGUUAUGGGCGUGAUGGUUUCUUAUUGGCCUUAAGAGCCGAGAGAUCGUCCUGAUCAGUAGUUUUGCAUUCUGGUGCAGGUGUGACAAAAAUUCAGGCUAUGUUUACAUUACAAGGUUUAAGUGGCACAAAUCUGUUUUUUUUUUUUUGAGAAUGUGAAUUUUUAAGAGCAGUGUGAACACAAAAAUGGGAUAUUUUACACUGCUACUUUCAUGAUGUGCUCUUACAUCAAAUACAUAUUCCAUUUACCUACAAGCAUCAGUCUAGGAUUUUAUCCCUCUUUUGGUCAAGACUCCUGAUGCUACAAUUGCCUGUUACAACCUGUAACAACCUGUUAGCAUGUUUCUCUGGAUGAAAGCAUUCCAGGUCAUUUAUGUGAUGUUACUGAUUUGGUUAGCUGUGUAAUAUUCAAGUAAAAGAAUAAAAAGUCUAAUAAAAAAAAAUAAGUAUCUUUCCAAAGUAGAAUGAAAAAAAGAUUAUGGUUAAAAUAACUAUGAAAAAAAUGUAUUAGCACUUCCCUAUAAUUUUCUGUAGGUCUCUACAACUUCUUAUCACAUCAUUACUCAAGAAUAAGCAUGGGAAUUGAUGCUUUUAGACAUUUCACUGAAAAAAAAAACAGAUUCAAAAGGAAUGUGAGCCAUCAAGCAAAAUAUUAGUCAUAUAACCUGUAAUGUGAAUGUAGCCUCAUGCCUAAGAUGUAGUGUUCAGGCCUGGCGCUAGAACAGUCACAGCCUGACAGCCUGGCAGAUUCACCUUCAAGAGCUUUUACAGAGUCCUUCCGGUCGCCUGCUCAUCUCCAAAAAACUCACGAGUCGAAUAAGCUUGUUGGCUUUCGCCUCGUUCAGCUACACAUCGGCCACCUCGGGUCGCCUUCAUCUAAACAGUCUCACAGUUGCUCUUGUAUCUCGUCUCAGGGUGCGUGCCAACAUUGUUUUUUAUGUUAUUUUUUCUUUUUGUUUUUUUUUUCGUUUUUUUUCUUUCAGCUUUCUUGCUGAUAGCUGGUGAAGCUAAUGCUUUUUAUUUUAGCUGAAUCUGAUGGGAAAAAAGAAGUGUAGAAAAGCUAACGGGCCGAUGAUGACCCAGAUAUUGUGUUAUUAAGCUAAGAAUCGACGGUGCAUAGAGAAAACAUCGCACAACAAAAUUUGGGAAGAAAACCCGAAAAUUGUUGUGAUUGUUUGACAGUUUGACAGAUCUGCUAAGCUUUUUAUGUGCAGUUUACAUAGGCUUCUGAUGCGACAGUGCAAAUAUAGUUUAUUCAGUAUUGUUUAGUUUUCUUUGUUUUGCAGUAAUUGUUGCUCCAGAUAUGCUAUAAAAGCUUUUUUUGUUUGUUUCUUUUCAACCUUGCAUUCAGUGUUUUCUUCGGUUGGUUCGUUUUGUGCUGCUUCUCUGAAACAUUGACACUGGCUCUCCAAAGCUUGCGCUCUCACUCUCUCUCUUUCUCUUUUCUCUUUCGUCAGAUGGGAAUAAAGGAGAAAGACCUUGCCUUUUUUUAUUUUCUUUGUUUUUUUUUCCUCUCACGAUUUGCUCGACUUUAUAAACCGUUUGGUAUCCGGGCUGAAUAUGCAGGCUGAAACUCAUUUGAGGGGGAAAAAAGUAGAAAAGCAAAAAUGUUUACAAAGAAAAGGUGUCACGUUUCUACGAGUGUAUUGAACUUGCCAUGUAUAUAGUAAUUGUGAGUUUUAAUUGGAUUAGAUAGAUUUAGUAUUCUCUCUUGUUUUGAUUGUUUGUUUUUUGAGUUCUUUUGUAUGUUUAUAAGGAGAAAAAAACAAGUCCUUUGAUAACUAUGCUCGUCUAUGCUUGUUUUUUUUCGCCCAACGGGGAUGUUUCAGAGUAAAAAUGAAUAGAAGUGCACCUCCAACUUUUUUGCCUUAGAACUUGCAGAGGCCAUAGUUCACCUUGACGUGAAAAAUGUGUGUAUGCAGGGGUCUCCGGCCCCCCAUCUCUCGACUAGCAGAGCGGAUUCUCUCUCUCUCACUCUUAUCUACCUGUGAAAUCCUUCAUACCUCUCAUAACUGGUCAAUGACUGUAUCAGCAAAACCGCAUCAGGUGUUUUUUCUACAUGCUUUUUACACAGAUUAUAUGGAUUAUUGUAUUAGUAGGUUUUUCGGUGCAUCGUUUUUAAUGUAAUAGCUCUUUGGCUUGUAGUCAGGUUUCGUUUCUCUUCUUUUUUUAAUUUCCCUUUUAUUUUCUUGCUCGCUCUACUAUCUUUCGUUUUUCUAGACCUUCUUUUCUAGAAAAAGACCGUUUUGUGUUAAUAUUGUCGAUUUGAGAUAGCUGUUAUUUGCUUAUUCUGUAGAGUUUUUACAGUUUUGUUUUUUUUUUUCGUUUUUUUUUUUUUUCCAUUUCUAAAUGCUACAUGACCCUAAUGAAUUUUAAUGACUUAACCAUUGUAAAUACGGUAUUGUGCAGAACUCAUUUUCAUGCAUUUCAAUUGCUAGUGUUAUAUAAAUGACGGAUUUUUGUCUAGACACCAUUUCUGUUUAUGAAAUAAAGAAACAUAU